GUGACAGUGUCCACUCCUGCUGGAACUUGAUCCGAGUUGGGUAACGUUAGCUUGUUGCUGAGGGAGUCUGUCAAUCGCUUCUUAUCUUGUUCAACGAGUCGUGCCAAAUAGUAGCACAUGCUACAAACUGAUGCCCUGGUAAGUUAAAUGUCAGUGAGUCCAGAUGCAUGAGUCUGGGUCAGAGCAGACAACCUGCACCAGUCCAGCCAAUCAGACAGAGAAUGGGGACAGUGCUGAAAGGGAUGAUUGGCUGAGCACUCAGACUCCAACUCCAGAGGGUUCCGGGGCUGACAGCCAGCAGCAAAACCAGGUUCCAGUCUCAGUGUCUAUGAUGACACCUCCGGUGGAGACUCUUCAGCAGACACUGCAGCAGGUCCUCAAUCCACAGCAGAUCCAGGCCCUGCUCCAGCAGCAGAAAGCACUCAUGUUACACCAGCAACACAUACAGGACCUCUGCAAGAAACAGCAGGACCAGUUCAACGCCCAGCUCCUACAGCAGAAGCAUGCUGAGAAGUCAGAGCAAGAGCAGCUAACAGCCCAGCACAUGGUCAUCCAGCAGCAGUUCUUGCAAGUCCAACAGCAGCACCUCCUCAGCCUCCAGAGACAGGGUCUCCUGUCUGUCCUGCCCUCCAUGAGCCCCUCUACAGCUCAGGGUUUAGUGAAAGGGUGUGAGUAUAGUACUAGCCUGCCCUCUGGUGGUGAGUAUCCAGACACUUUUCAGAAGAACCUGCUCCACAGCCAGCAGUCCACCACUAAUGGGAAUCAUAAAUCACAGCCCCUAAAGAAGAAAGACAGUGGUCCUGUGGAUGAUCACACACAAAACACUCACCCUCUCUAUGGACACGGCAUGUGCAAAUGGUCUGGCUGUGAGGCGGUCUUUGGAGACUUUCAGGCUUUUCUCAAACAUCUGAACAGUGAACAUACACUGGAUGACAAGAGUACAGCACAGUGUCGAGUGCAGAUGCAGGUUGUUCAGCAGCUAGAACUGCAGUUGAAAAAAGACAGAGAGCGUCUGCAAGCCAUGAUGUCUCACCUCAAAUCCUCUGAGCAAAUGUCAAAACCAGCAACACCAACAGUGGAUCUUAUGCCCAACGUUGCCUUCUCCCAGGUGACAUUUCCCAAGGUGCUUCCUCCCAUGAGCUUGUCUCAAAGUGCCACUGCUCCUUCCACACCCCUGACACCUCCCCCGACCUCCUCUAUCAUCACUCCCAACACCCUGCUCACUGUGAGCCCUGGGAGGAGACGGUACUCAGACAAGUACAGCAAGAACAUGAAUCAAGAUAUUGUUCAGAAUAAAGAGUUCUACAUCAGUACGGAAGUUAGACCACCAUUUACAUAUGCAGCUCUAAUAAGACAGGCAAUAUUUGAAUCACCCUAUAAGCAGCUGACACUAAAUGAAAUCUACAAUUGGUUCACACAAACGUUUGCAUAUUUCAGACGCAAUGCAGCAACAUGGAAGAAUGCAGUGAGACACAACCUCAGCCUCCACAAGUGUUUUGUGCGAGUGGAGAAUGUAAAAGGAGCUGUGUGGACAGUUGAUGAGAUGGAGUUUCAGAGGAGAAGGCCCCAGAAGCCUGCCGGUGAAGGAUCUUUCAGAAGAGAGAACACUGGCCAUGGUCACAGCUCAGCUUCCCUUACACCUAAGGCUGAAUGGCUAGAUAGUAGUAUACCUCCAUUCAACCCAGCUUCCAUAGGCGCUCCCUCUCUGAGCUCUCUGCCCUAUAUGUUCCAGCAGGAGGAGAUGAAUGCAACUCUCUGGUAUGGGAAUGGAUCCUACAGUGACAGCAGUGAAGAGCAGUACCCUAUGCACCCCCUCGUAAAAGAAGAGCUAAUGGACGAGGAGGCAUAUGAGAAUGUGCCCCAUGACUGUUCUGAGACUGAGAGCUCUGAUGAGCACAGCUCAGAUGUGGACCAAGACGAAGAUGGCGGUAGCCCAGAAAGACCCAACCUGCAGCUGGCUCAUGUGCCUUCGCAAUGAAAGAGAGAAUGCAUUCCAAACUGUCAAUCUCCACUGCACUCCCACAUUGGAAAACUAUGAAAUAUACCAAAUGACUUGGUAGAACUAUUUCAUAUCAAGUGACUAUUUAUUGAGGAUGUUUUAUGCUCUGUUGUACUGGCAUCGUUUGUACUGGGUAUUAUCCACCCGAGCUCACACUGAAGUCAACAGAACCUAUUAUUGUAACACCGCUUGUCCUCAAAUAAUGUAUUCGUAUUGGCUUAUUGUGAGGCAGUACAACCAAUGAUGAAGCCUAUGGGGAGCUGGUUCAGUGAUGCAGAGUUAUGUUCUUUCUUCAAUGUCUUUUGUUUCACUCUUUUAUGAAUGUGUAUAUUUAAUAACCAGAGCAUUGGCAAUAUUUAUGGACAGCACUUCAUGAAGAUGAAUGUUUGUUUUCUCCCACAAACGUGUUUAUUUUUUACCUAUGUGAGUACUAGACAACCUCCAGAUAGUAAUCCUGUGUUCCGUUUGUGACAUGACAUCAUUGAUAAUUGGUUACUUUUACACGGCCAAAAAUAUGAUUUACACUACCGUUCAAAAGUUUGGGGUCACUUAGAAAUGUACUUGUUUUUGAAAGAAAAGCACCUUUUUUUUUUUUGUACAUUUGAAAUAACAUCAAAUUGAUCAGAAAUACAGUGUAAACCUUGUUAAUGUUGGUAAUGACUAUUGUGGAUGGAAAGGGCAGAUUAAGUGAAAAUCUACAUAGGCCCAUUAUCAGCAACCAUCACUCCUGUGUUCCAAUGGCACGCUGUGUUAGCUAAUCCAAGUUUAU